AUGGAAGUCAGCAUCCAGAGAGCUUUGAACGAUAAGCUCUAUGACAAGCGCAAGGUCGGCGCACUCGAGCUCGAACGAGUCAUCAGAGAGCUGGUCGUCACUAGAGACUAUCCAAGAGUCCAAGCAAUCCUCGAGCAACUGUGCAAUGAGUUCGCAUACGCGGUCCACCAACCCCAUGCUCGAAAUGGAGGCUUGAUAGGCCUGGCCGCAGCUGCCAUCGCCCUCGGUCACGAACUACCCCGCUAUCUCGAGAAGAUCGUUCCGCCAGUGCUAGCAUGCUUCACCGAUCAAGACGCGAGAGUCAGAUACUAUGCCUGUGAGGCCAUGUACAAUAUUGCCAAGGUCGCCAAGGGGGAGAUCUUGAUAUACUUUAACGACAUCUUCGAUGCGCUCUGCAAGCUGGGAGCUGACUCUGAGUUAUCCGUUAAAAACGGCGCCGAGCUGCUCGACAGACUGAUCAAAGACAUUGUCUCUGAAUCCGCUGCGUCGUACGUUUCCGUCCUUGAGGGAGAGUUGGACCAGCAGGAGCUCAGCGACAAGGACGAACUUGAAGAACGCGCUGCCCCUCCCACCGCCUUUUCCUUACGCCGGUUCAUCCCACUCCUCCAGGAGCGCAUCUGGGUCAUCAACCCCUUUACCCGUCAAUUCUUAGUCGGCUGGAUCACAUUGCUCGACUCUAUCCCCGACUUGGAACUCGUCACAUUUCUGCCAGACUUCCUCGGGGGUUUGCUCAGGUUUCUGAGUGAUCCCAAUAGAGAUGUUCACGUUGCAACUAGAGCCUGCCUCGACAAGUUUCUCAGCGAAAUUAAGAGGAUAUCUAGGAUCAAGAAGGGCAUUGCUGAGAGCAAAAAGUCGCGCGAAGGUGGAAAGCGGAAACGUGAGGAGUCGGUAGAUUCCGGGAGUCUCCAAAUCGGCCCGGAAGAGGGCGAUGAGGUUGACUCGCAAUCCGACGACGAUGACAGCAGCGGCGAGGAAGACUGGGUACCAGGACAAGACGUCCAAAUCAACUACCGAAAGAUUCUCGAGAUACUGACCGCCACUCUUGACUCGCCCCUUGAGGAGGACUCUCUCUUGGAGUCGCUGCGAUGGAUAGUCGAGUUCUUGGACAUUUGCCCCGAAGAGGUGCUACCAUUCACUCCCAAAGUCUUGGCUCAUAUGCUACCUGCUAUGGCCAGUGGUGUUGAAUCCAUACGCCAAGCUGCCGCACGCGUCAAUGCUGGCCUAAUGGACUACGUCGUCUCCCUCUCUGACGAACCAGAAAUCGGCGGCACCUCCCAGUCCAUAUCACGCAUUCCAAUUUCUGGUGAACGACAAGAGGGGCCAUCUAGUGCACGAGCUUCCCUUUCUAGUUCACGAGACCUCGAAAUGCGGAGCCCAACCCCUGCGCAGGGGCACAACCGUUCUCUCUCGACACCGGUUGCGCCGCUAGCUAAUAACCAUCCCCAGGUAGAUCUGGACUACGCCGCAGCCGUGAACGCUUUGACACUCUUGUUCCUCAAUGACCAUGAGGCAACUCGUGUUGCGGCCUUGACGUGGUUAAUAAUGCUUCAUAGGAAGGCCCCUCGGAAAGUUCUCGCGUUCAAUGACGGAACCUUCCCUGCCUUGCUUAAGACGCUCUCGGAUCCAGCUGAGACUGUCGUCACGAAAGAUCUGCAGCUGCUGUCACAGAUUUCUCGCAACAGCGAAGACGACUACUUUUCAAACUUCAUGGUCAACUUAUUGCAGCUGUUUGCUACUGACAGAAAACUGCUUGAGACACGAGGGAACCUGAUCAUACGUCAGCUUUGCGUUAGCUUGAGCGCAGAGAGGAUAUACCGUACACUCGCAGACUGUAUCGAAAAGGAGGAAGAUGUCGAAUUUGCUAGCAUAAUGGUGCAGAAUCUGAACAACAACCUCAUCACUGCUCCAGAGCUGUCGGAGCUGCGCAAGAGACUUCGGAACCUAGAUUCACAGGACGGACAAACUUUCUUUGUCGCGCUGUUCCGCUCGUGGUGCCACAACGCCGUCGCGACCUUUUCCCUCUGCCUUUUGGCGCAGGCUUACGAGCAGGCUUAUAAUCUUCUGCAAAUUUUCGCCGAGCUGGAGAUGACGGUGAACAUUCUCAUCCAGAUUGACAAGUUGGUGCAGUUGAUAGAAUCUCCUGUAUUCACAUACCUCCGACUGCAGCUGCUUGAACCUGAGAAAUUUCCUCACUUGUACAAAUGCCUAUACGGCCUUUUGAUGCUCCUCCCCCAGUCCUCGGCCUUUGCCGCCCUGAAGAAUCGCUUGAACGCUGUCAGUUCAAUCGGUUACCUCCACAUUGCCCCCAAGGUGAACCCACCAUCUACUGCAAGCUCAAGCUACGACAGGCCGAAUAGGCUCAAGAGUAGAGAGGAUAGCAUCAUUCGAUGGAAUGAGUUACUGGAGAAGUUUCGCACCGUCCAGGAAAGGGCUCGCCGAGCCCAGAGACACUCUGGCGAUGUUGAGGAAGGCCGAGGCAGCCUCGGUGUGGCGGAUCUGCGGCUUGGAGAAAGCAUCGACUCCAAGGGAGCAAAGGAGGCGCGCAACACUAGCGGACCACCUGUUCCAGUCAAAGAUCCCCCUCCACCUGCACCACCGGCGGCCAAGAGAUCAGGUUUGGGAAUGCGGCAGAUUAGGAACCUGGGAGGCGCAGUCAGGGGAAAGCGGCCUGGUUAA